AUGGACGCAUCGGCGCUUGCCCGCGUCGAGCGGCAGCGAGCAGAGCUGGAAACCAACAUCACCAAACUCCGCAAAGCGCUGCGACACUGGCAGGCUCUGGAGAUUGACUAUGAGGGACUUCGGGAAGAAUUCUUAGGUCUCCCUGAGGACUCUUCUCCCGAAGAGUGUCUGCAAGCUGCCAAAGACUCAAAGCCUGAACUUGUGGACGAAAAGGAGCUACAGGAGCUGCUGCUAGACACCAGUUCCCGUCCUCGUCGUCCUACCAAGUUGGUUGAAUUGCUGUCGAAACGGGUUGAGUAUGUUAGCCGCAAUAUUAACACGGUCCGCAAACAGUUGUCCGAUGCGGAAAAGAAGCGUAAUGCCCUUCUCCUCGCUGAAGAACCGAACCACCAGGAUGAGGCUGGGCUUCCUAUGGCCGAAAUCACCGAGGAGCUCGAUGACGAAGGAAAUGUCACCUCAAGCAAAGUGCAGACUCCCGGCUCAGAUGCCGCCCGACUGGUGGAUGUUUUGAAGAAGGCUGGAGUAGAAGACCUAGAAGACUUGAAUGGCACCAUAACCAAGGUUUCCCCAUCGAGCAACCCUGAGGACGCUGCAAAAUCUCAAUCACAGAAUACCGUCGACACCGAAAGUCAAUACACAAACUUAUCGAUAGACGAGCUACCCACGAAUUCCAAUGAUACACCCGAUGAAGCCGAACUACGCCGUGAGAUGCUGCAAUACUCGAGGGGUUUGGAUGAAAUAGGAGCUAUUGUGGCUGAAUUAGAGCUUGAAGAGGAGACAUCUGAUGUCGUGGAUGACGUCGAUGGCGACCUUGAUCUGGACUUAGACUCCGAGAUGGACACCGAGGAGGAAACCGAGGAAGAUUCAGAAGAUGACAGCGGCAAAAGCAACCGAGGGCUGUUUCUCUCCCGAGGAUAUCAGAAGAGAAUGGAGGAGCUGCAGGAAAAGCUGGGUCUGAAGAAUGUUGGCCGUGGGCUUGGGGCACAGGUCGCCAUUGAUCAACUCCAGAAAGAGCAACGGCCGCCUGCAGCUGAAGCUGCACGAAAGGCGGCGAUCUUAAGAGAUGACCAGUCUAAGAAAAGUAGCUUGAAGCCGGCGAAGAGCGAUCUUGCGGAAGCAGAGUCGACCAAGAGAAGGUCUGGGAGAAAGAAGGUGGCGUUCUCUUCGGAACUAGCCAUUGCUGCUGAGAACCCUCCUACCACCAUUUCCGAACCCGCGAAGAUAUCUUCAGGUGCGACAGAAAGGCUACAGUUGCGGCCAAUCAACGACUCUGUUGUCGAACGAGAGGCAGGUGAGGACGACACAGAGGCUACCGCUCCGGCUCCUCCUGCUCCAACAGCCGCAAAACAGUCACGCUUCAAGGCCGCACGUCAAUCUCAGCCACAGACGCUGAUGUUUGCUGCGCCGAUGGGUUUCCCCAAGGGGAAGCUUAAGGACAAGUCGACACCUCAACCUCCCUCUAAAAUUGUUUCAACAACUCUGGUUGAGCGUCCUUCGCCGAAAGCAACCGCAGCCCCCGACCCAAACAACUUUUCCGACCAGGAUCACCAACGCGAAAUAGCAAGAGACUAUCAGCAACACCGGAUCAAGCGCAUACUUGCCCAAGAAGGCGGAUUUCUUGGAAAUGCUGAAGAAGGUGAAAUAACACCACUCGAGGACGAAGAGAUCGGGAGACGCGUGAGCAGGUUCAAAGCUGCUCAGAUCAGACGUUGA